GUCAGAGCUAAAGAUACACAUUCUUUGUGACUGAUUUCACUUCCUUAGGCCUAGCCAGACGGCAUAGGGUCAGGACGAUAUUGCAGCAAAGGAUCAAAGUUUGCAGUAAAUGAAAAGCUAACAACAGCAACCUUCGCUACCAUGGAUGCCUUGCUGGCUGUGGCUGUGGAGGAGGUCGGCUUGGAGGGACGCGAAGGCUGCACGGUGGAGGCGUUAUGGAGCCUGCUUAGCAGCCGUCUGCCCGUGGGCCCCAUCACCUGCCUGCCGCCACAGCUGCUAGAUGCUCUGUGGGCCCUCCUGCUGCAGCGGACAGAGGACGUGCAGCUCCUGCUGCCGCCGCUUGCCGGCCAGGCUGAGGCUGAAGAUGAGGGACCCCCCGCGGGGGAAGCCGCCCGCAAAGCGAAGGGCUCCCGCGGUAAGCGGUCCGCGGACUCGGACCCGCUGCAGCGGUGGACCAAGUUGAGCAGCGGUGACCCGCGGGUCAAGGACCGGGCAGCGGCAACCGCUGCCGGGGUUCGGCUGGUGGCCUCCGAGGCGGUGCGCAUGUCGGUGCUGGGGGUGUACGAGAUCCAGGACUCGCGCUUCCCGCUGAGCGAGGUGCAGCUGGCGGCGCUGGCGGCGGUGGGGCGCGCGCGCUGGCGGGGCACCAUCAACGCCGACCUGGCCAACCGGCUGGGCAUCGCGUACCGCAACUUCUACUACAUUGUCAAGAACCUGGAGACCCGCAAGCUGGUGGUGAAGAACCCGGUGGUGUUCGCGCCGCCCGGCGCCACCGUCACCGUCUCCUCCGUGCUGCACCUGCCGCGCUUCCAGCCCGCGGUGAAGCUGGGGCCGGGGCAGAUGUUCAAGACUGUUGACGCCGUCCGCGGCAUGGAGGUUGCCACCUACGUGCUGCAGGACGACAACCUGCACAUGCGCCUGGUGUGCUCCACCAUCGCGGAGACGCCCGAGCGGCUGGUGGUGGAGAGCGACCUGAAGCUGGUGUGCGGCUUCAGGGCGGCGCGGGGACACCGGCUGUGGAGGAGGCUCAGGCGCAAGCUGGAGGACCAGGGCUACCUGUCGUUCGAGACGUGCCGCGUGCGCGACCGCCUGGUGCCCUGCGUGCGGCUGCUCAAGGACUGGAGACCGCCCGCGGCGGCGGAGGGGGAGGACGCGGAGGGGCCGCCGCCGGGGGAAAGAGGCGGAAGACGGCGGAGAGGCGGACGCCGAGGAGGCUGCUGGCGGUGCCGGUGCGGGCGGUGCUGCAGGCGGUGCUGCUGCUGGCGGCGGCGGUCCUGCACGCCCCUGCAUCCACGUUGCGGAGGCCUCCCUGGAGCGGCAGCUGCUGGAGGGCAUCAUCAGCGCCGGGCCGGACGGGGUGCUCAACCACGAGCUGUUCGCACGGUUGGGGGUCAGCUCCAAGGUGUACGGCGGAAAGUGAGUUUGCAGGGAGGGGGGGGAGGGAGGGGGGGAGGGAGGGAGGGAGGGUUGUUGCUGCGGGACACACGGGGGCGGUGGUGUCAUGUACUCAUGUUACAGCUGUGCCGCCUGUGCGCAGGGUGCAUGGCUUUUCCCCUUACGUAGUCGGCCAGCCAGCUUCUCACUCCCUC